GUUUGGACCAAGAGGAACCAGAACCUCUGCAGAUAAAAGACGAGCAGAUAGAACCAGAACAUCCCUGGAAAGAAGAAGAAACCAUGGAGCUCCCCAUAAGUGAGCAUGAAGAGCAGCUUGUUCUGAAGCAAGAGACUGAAGAUACAGGAGAGAAACCUUUCCCAGACCACCUGCAGGAUUAUGUUGGAAAAGAGGAGGAUUUCUCUGAAAAGCAGCUCUGUGGUCAGGAGGUGAAUUCCAGUUUGGACCAAGAGAAACCUUUGCAGAUAAAAGAAGAGCAGAUAGAACCAGAACAUCCCUGGACAAAAGAGGAAACCAUGGAGCUCCCCAUAAGUGAGCAUGAAGAGCAGCUUGUUCUAAAGCAGCAGACUGAAGAUACAGGAGAGAAACAUUUCCCAGGUUUGACAAGGGGAGAAAACCUUCUAAAAAAAGAUUUUUUUAUGGUUCUCACUCAAAAAGGUCAGAAGAUUUAUGAAUGUCUGUCCUGUGGAAAAAUGUUCCCAAAGAAAUCUAAAAUUGAUGGACACAUCAGAAUUCACACAGGUGAAAAGCCCUUUUCCUGUACUGUUUGCAACAAGAACUUUACUGAAAAGUGUAAUUUGAUUAAACACAUGAGAGUUCAUACAAGUGAGAAACCUUUUGAAUGUCUAUCCUGUGGAAAAAGAUUCUUCUCUAAGUAUGAUCUUAAUAAGCACAUCAAAUUUCACAAUAUUGAGAAGCCUUUUUCCUGUACCAUUUGUAACAAGAAUUUUACUGAAAAGGGUAAUUUGACUAAACACAUGAGAGUUCACACAAGUGAGAAGCCUUUUGAAUGUCUGUCCUGUGGAAAAAGCUUCAACUUGAAGUGUGUUUUUAAUAAUCACAUCAGAUUUCACACAGGGGAGAGGCCCUUUUCCUGUACCAUUUGUAAGAAGAAUUUUUCUCAAAAGACUCAUUUGACUCAACACAUGAGGGUUCACACAGGUGAGAAACCUUUUUCCUGUACCAUUUGUAACAGGAAUCUUACUGGAAAGGGUAGUUUGAUUAAUCACAUGAGAGUUCACACUGGUGAGAAGCCUUUUAAAUGUCAAUCCUGUGGAAAAAGCUUCACUCAGAAAUCUCAUCUUGAUACACACAUCAGAAUUCACACAGGUGAGAAACCUUUUUUCUGUACCAUUUGUAACAAGAAUUUUAAAAUAAAGAGUCAUUUGACUCAACACAUGAGACUUCACACAGGCGAGAAGCCUUUUUCCUGCAGCAUUUGUAACAAGAAUUUUAAUCGCAAUAGUCAUUUGACUCAACACGUGAGGGUUCACACAGGUGAGAAGCCUUUUUUCUGUACCAUUUGUAACAAGAAUUUUAAAAUAAAGAGUCAUUUGACUCAACACAUGAGACUUCACACAGGCGAGAAGCCUUUUUCCUGCAGCAUUUGUAACAAGAAUUUUAAUCGCAAUAGUCAUUUGACUCAACACAUGAAAAUUCACGCAGGUGAGAAGCCUUUUAAAUGUCAAUCCUGUGGAAAAAUCUUCUCUCAGAAAUCUAAUCUUGAUAAACACAUCAGAAUUCACGCAGGUGAGAAACCUUUUUUCUGUACCAUUUGUAACAAGAAUUUUAAAAUAAAGAGUCAUUUGACUCAACACAUGAAAAUUCACGCAGGUGAGAAGCCUUUUUCCUGCAGCAUUUGUAACAAGAAUUUUAAUCGAAAUAGUAAUUUGACUCAACACAUGAGGGUUCACACAGGUGAGAAACUGUUCUAAAUGAUUUUUGACAAAGGGUUUAAAUGAGAAGGUAAUUUGAGUAUUCAUAUGACAUUUAUUCAUGCAUGAUGUGGAAUGAUUUAUAUUUUAAAAAGAACCAUUUGUUUCACAUAAGUCAGAGCAGUUAGAUGCCACAGGAAUGAACAGUAGAGGCGUUUUCCAUGUUUGGUGAUAAAAUGUACAUCUAAAAACUUCUUCACAUCAUUACACGAGAAACUCACUGGUUAAUGGUCUUUUUCAAGCAAAGUUUUGAGAAAGCAUUAAUGAACAGCUCUGUUUACAUAGAAACCAGAACAGAUAAGGUGUUAUAUUGCAAACCCGGUAAAUAUUCAGGGCGAAUAUAUGGAUGUGAACAUUUGAAAGUUAAUUAUUUUGAGUAAAUUAGAUUUUAUUUGCCAGAAAAAGAUAAUUGCCUAAACCAAUAAGAAAAUGAUUAGAUUCACAAUUUCUUACUUUUGAUGUAUUGAAGGGAAUAAACAUAAUAAGGUCCGACUACAACAUCUUGGUUACAGAUGAAGCAAGUUUGCUGACCAUACAACAAGCAAUUGAGAAGUUAUAGAUAUUUAAAUUGAAAUAAAUCCAGACGGACACCUAAUGUGUCAUUUUGGCAUGAUGUGGCACAACUUUUUCUGAAUGAAUUUCUUCAGAAAAUAAACCUCACAAGUUUUAUUUUUGGGACUAAGAACUUUAAGCUGAAUGCUAAGCUAUUGGUUGGAUAUAUUCCAGAAACAGACAUUUGUUCAGAUGGAAACAAAAACAACUGUUAGACAGAUGUGAUGUGCUUUGCUCAGUUUUUCUGAUGUUUUUGGAGGAUUUUUUCUUUUUAAAAAUCAGCUGCAAAUUAUCAGUUUUUACAAAUUCAGUGUCUUAUUGGGUUUCAUUAGCAAUGCAUCAAUCAGCCCUGCUGCAUGUGUUGUUGAAACCAGGCCCACCAAAACUCCAACUUUUUAUGGCACAGUGUUAGAGCUAUGGUCAAUGGAUAUUAGAAUGAAGUAGAUCAUCUAUAGAGGAGUCUAAGAUGAAGAUUAGAGACAUUUAUAAGUGUGAGUCAGUCUCAGAGUUAGUCAGCUACAAGCUAAUUAAUGUUGCAAAGUAGCUCGGGAUUAUGGGGUUAAACUACGGGACAUCAAAGACCUCAGUUUAGAGGCUGGAGUCUGUAGUUCAGGUAAAUUGAAGUCCUAAAAUGAUGAAACAUGUUUGUUUAAAAAGAUAAAACAAGAUUGAUGAUGUUGCUGUUAUUUUUGCAGAUCAGUUUGUACCUGCUUUAAAUUGGUAAAAAGCCUUUGUCUUAAUAAUGUAUUAAAUAAAUCUGACACUCCUCUAGAAGUGUAAAGUUUCUGCUUUUUAAAGGUUUUUGAAAGUAUAAUUUUCCUUUGAAGCUAAUAGUUUUGAUCUUGAUUCUUUAGAUGUUCUAUUUACCUGCUAUGAUUGAAAAGAAUGAUCUAUUUUAUGCAGCUGAUUUAAUGUAUUAUAUUCUGUUGUACAUUUUUUAAAUUGUUGUAAUCACUUCUAAAUUGAUGAACGAGCAGCAAUAAAAACCUCAUGGAUUGUAAAUAUUUGCUUCUUUAUAUGGUUUAAUAAAUUGCAAACAACCUUUUUCCGUGUUUUCUCUGAUA